GCGGACAUAUGCCAUGCAUACCAAUUAAUUAAAAAUAACGGAAUACCAAAAGAAAACAUCAUAACAAUGAUGGUAGAUGACAUUGCAUAUAAUCCAAGGAAUCCUACACCUGGAAAAAUCAUUAACAAGCCAAAUGGUACUGAUGUUUACCAAGGAGUUGUAAUCGACUACAAAGGAAAAGACGUAAACAAAUCAAAUUUUUUAAAAAUUAUCACUGGUAACAAAAAAGACAUGCGAUCCAUUGGAACUGGUAAAGUCGUAGAUGGAGGACCACGCGAUAAGAUUUUCAUUAACUUUGUCGAUCGCGGUGCGACUGGAAUCUUAAGUUUCCCAGAUGAUUAUUUAUAUGCCGAUGAACUAAACGAUGCAUUUAAUUCUAUGAAUGGAAAUAGAACAUAUGAAAAGAUGUUAUUAUAUAUUGAAGCAAAUAAAGCUGGAUCUAUGUUUGAUGGAAUACUUAGUGAAAAUAAAAAAAUCUUGGCAAUGACCGCAGCGGGGCCUAGAGAAAAUUCAUACCGUUGUUACUGCAACAAAUCCGAAUCUGGUCCGUAUGAGACAUGUCUCGGAGAUUUAUUCAGUGUCACAUGGAUGGAAGACUUAGAUGUGCCAACGUCCAGACAGUCAGCAAAAACACGGUCUAUUUUCAACGACUAUAGGGAAGUUAGAACCAAUGUAACUAAAAGUAAUGUCAUGAUAUACGGAGAUUUUAAUAACGGAAGAGAGAAACUCUCCUCGUUUAUCGGUUAUCAAGUAAAUUAUGGCAACGUCUCAUUGGGUGUGCAACAAUCGAACGAAACCAAUAUAAAAACCACAGUAUCCAGUCGAGAAAUGUACGAAAGCAACAUACAAUAUAAAUUAGCGCACGAUAAGUUGUCGCUUCCAGAAACACUCAAAUUGUCGGCAGAAUUGCAUCAAAAUAACAAGAUGAGAAACGUCAUAGACUCUGUACUCAAAAACAUUUACUCGGAGAUAGUGAAGGAGAGGCCGAACAUUAAGAGCGAAAUCGGAGACUACGACAAACCCAAUUAUAUAAAACUGAAUUUAUCCAUGUUUCCAUGCUACAGAAGCAUUUUGAAUCAAAUCACCAAGACCUGCUUUUUUUUGCCUCGGAAUCCCUACGUAUUGGAUAAGUUAACGAUUUUCGCCAACAUGUGUGUCGUCGACAAUCAAAUCAAUCAGAUGGUCGAUAAUAUUAUCAAUAAAUCGUGUUCAAACAUACCGAAAAAUAUUAUAAACGUACAAUAAAAUGUAGCAUUAUU